CGCGUCUCCGUGGGCAGACGCAUUCAGGCUCGUUCGUCUCACUCGAGAAACGCGCGCUCGCGGGACGUGAACGGAUGCAGGGCCCGGCCAAGAUGCGACGGUGCUAGCGUCGAGGUCGAGCUCACCAUCACACACGCUCCCCUCCUCCAUAAUAAUAAUAACAACAUUAAUAGUAACAGUAUUAAUAUUAAAGCUCCAGCAUGCGGAUGAUUUAGGGCGGCUCGGAGCGCUGAGGUCUGUGCGGUUAUACACGGGGGGGUGUUUCGGAGGCUGGGACGCGCUGAGCUGCGCAGGUGCGCCGUUGCGCUGCGCUGCGGCAGAGGGAUGGAGUUCAAGCAGCUGGUGGACGCGGCGGAGAAAUGGUGCUCGGGGAACCCGUUCGAGCUGAUAUUCGCCGAGGAGGUGGACGAGCGCAGGAUGGACUUCUACGCCGAACCUGGCAUUUCGUUUUACGUGCUCUGCCCUGACAACAUGACAGGAGGUACCGACACUUUUCACGUGUGGAGCGAGAGCGAGGACUGCCUGCCGUUCCUGCAGCUGGCACAGGACUACAUCUCCUCCUGUGGACACAAAACUCUGCUGGAGGUCCUUGAUAAAGUCUUCAGAUCUUUUAGACCUCUCCUGGGUCUUCCAGACAUCGAUGACGACACGUACGAGCAGUACCAUGGAGACGUGGAGGAGGAAGCCGAGACGGACCAUCAGCAGAUGGGAGUUAGCCAAUAAUUUGCUCACUGAGGUGGAUCGACCUUCCGCGGGCCAGAGCAUUGCUUCAUUCCCUCUCGUUUUUUCCUUCUUCCGAGCCACCUUCACAUUUCUACUGUUUUAUGAUAUGCACUGUCCCUCUGUUUUACACACUCACACACACACACACACACACACACACACACACACACACAGACCAUAGCUUGCUAAUGCACGAUACCACCGAUUCUCAGCAGACCUCCCAUGUCCUGUGUUUUUAUUAAGUGAGAUCUUGCUGAAAAAAAGAAAGCAUUUCCAUCGGCUCUUGUGCAGUGGUUUCAAAGGAUUCAAAAGGCUAAUGGUCUCAGAUGGUUACAUUAUUGUAAGAAGAUGUGGAUCAUUUGUGAUUUAAUGGACCUAGUAGACUCUAUAGUUGCAAUUAAUACAAAUAUAAGGAGAUGGCAUGACACGUCUUUUUCUUCACAGAUACUAAGGCUACAUCUACACUAAUCAAGAUCAAUUUGAAAACGGCGGUUUUCUUUCGUUAAAAACGCUCUGCAUCCAGACAUCCGUUUUUAAUUGUUUCCCAAUUAAAUUAAUUGUUGCUCCUCCACACUGAGUGUCUGAAACGCUCUCGUUCCUGUACUGCGCAUGAGCAAAACAUAAGACGCUUCGACCUGCAUCAUUUACACCCGCGGUCUGUUUACUUUACAGCUCUUUGAAACAUUGUUUCGACGACUACAAAUACGCCGUAGUUUUUUCGAAAGCGUUUCGAAAGUGUGGCCGAAACGACAAAUGAACAUACAAAUAUAGGUUUUUAAACGAAAACGUAUUAGUGUAGACAUGGCCUAAUACUGAUGCUGAAAUCUUGAGUAUUAGCUGACAUGGAUACCCAUUUUAUUUUUUGUUGAUUAAAACCACAGCUCGGCUUGACUUUUUCGAACAAAAUCACAUACACUAGAAAUAUAAUUGAACAUUAUUUUAGAGUGUAAUAACUAAAUAAAAAGCAUAAAUAUGCUAAAUAUGAAAUCAGUCCUAAAAAAAGAAAUACAGUUUAAUCUGGUUAUAUAUAAACAUUUAAUGUUUCCAAAGAAUAUUUUAUAAUGUAAUUAUAUUUUUAAUUCGAGUUUUCUCAAAUAUACGAUCCACCAGUAUCAGAUCAGUGCCAUCUCUGAGAUAUAUAUAUAAUAUAUAUAUAUAUAUAUAUAUAUAUAUAUAUAUAUAUAUAUAUAUAUAUAUAUAUAUAUAUAUAUAUAUAUAUAUAUAUAUAUAUAUAUAUAUAAACACGUACAUACACACUUGAGAACCAUUCUAACCAUCAGAGCUUAUGAAAUUAAUGAAAACCAAUAUUAAGAAUGAAAUACACAGGGCGUUCAAGUCAAACUGGGACUUUUAAAUAAAAGAACAGAUUUCAAGGAGUGGAAACUGCAUUUAUUUUUCGACAUACUCGCCUGCUACAUGCUACAUCAAUCAAUCAAUCAAUCAAUCUUUAUUUAUAUAGCACCUAACAUCUACCAGGUAAAACCUAGGUGCUGAACAAAGUGCAAGAGGCAACAUGCAAAAUAGUAAUAAAAUUUGAAUGAACAUAAAAGUAAUAAAAUAUAUAAUAUCAUUAAAAAAAGAAGUCAAAACUUAAAACAGAAGAGAAAUAAAAUAAGCAUUAAAACACAACAAUUAAAACAACUUAUCAUCAGGGAACCACCACUACCAGGAUCGUCACUGGCGGACAUUUUUGAAACGUUUACAUUUGACACGUUUCAAAUGUUUUACUGCGGCUGAGAGUCUCAUCACCGCACUGCGCUUGAAGCCUGUAGAUAUCCACAGGUUGUACGCUGUCGUUCACAAGAAACUUCAGCAUCACACACAGCUCAGUGCACUAACACUGUUGUCUGCCAUCUUGAUUAACAGUCUCUGGACAUGUGCAUUGCCUAUCAGUGAUACUACACACUAGCCACUUACUACUGCGUGUAGUACCAUCACGCUAACAUCCAUUUUUAUACCUGUAGAAUUAAAAGGUUUGACUUGAACGCCCUUUGUAACCAUCCUGUUAUUAGCAUUUAACACAAAUCCAUUCAUAAAUACACUCCUGAAUGCGAGACAUUUGUAUAAAAUUGCUCAAUAUUUCCAAAAUUGACUAGACUAGGCUCAAAUAGAGCUUGUCUUUCUGAAUGUCUGUACUUAGAAAGUCGUGAUUGAUUUUAAAUAGGUGAAGAGGUGUGGUAAUGCUGCGAGGAGAAUUUUAAAGAGGUUGACAGAUCAUGAUUGGCCAUCGGUGAUCUCAGAAGUCAGAAGUGAUCUGUCAAACUCUUUAAAAUUCUCCUCAUCCGCUUUGUCCUUUGUAUCUCGAUAUCCUCGAUUAUACAGCCAGGGAUUGAAUAGGAAUAGCGAUCCCAGUGAAGCUCUCCACCUGCGAUACUUAGCUCUAGAUCAAAGAUAGCGUGAUUGCGUUUUCAGUUUUCUGCAAAAGACCAGCUUUUGUUUUUGCACUUAAUGCAACGUGGUUACUUUGUCCAUUUUCUGUCUUCGAUAGUCUUUGAUUGUAUUAAUCUCUAGCCUACUUCAGGCAUGUUUUCACACAAAUCAUGGCUAAUUAUAAACUUCCUCCAUGAUUUUUUCCUCCCUGAAUGUAAAAGCCUGAGUUGAGCUUUAAUGUAUGAAGUACAAUAAGCGCAAAACAUGUUGAUCUCAAACAGCUUCAUGGUUUUUUUCAUCCUCUGGUGCUGACUAAGGAAAAUAUGAUCCGCAACCAGCACUCAGUUUUCAUGAUUCAAAGGCACCGAACUGACUGAAGUCUGACACACCCCACAGCAAAUUUUUUCCGGAUCGCUAAACCAACGUAAACAGGUUAGCAGGACUAGCAGGGGAACGUCACAUGUUGUGCCAGGAUACAAAGAAAGCUGAUAAGUUCCUGCUGACUUUAUAUGUUUAGUGCCCACAGAAUACUGACAUCCAAGCCCUGUAUCUCCCACACACUCACUGCUUCCAUACCGUCUUCCUCUACAUUAACAUAUACUGAAGUCUGGUGUCAGAGCAAAUGAAUCUACUCUUUGAUAUGAAUAUUUAUUUGGUUGUCCAGCUUUAGCACUGCAAGCUUUUGUAUAUUUCCAAACCCCCCCCCCAGUUCAAACCACUGGGUAUUUACCCCAUUAAAGCACUAUUUUAAUGCCUUUAAGUUGGAACUAAGAGUUUGCUUAAAUAUGUCAUUUUAUAAUUUGUUCUGUUUUAUCCCAUGCUUUGUUAUCUGAUUUGUUUCGUCCUCGAGUUUGUGUAUGUUCCUCAAUUAAAACCAUGUGGAGGUGA